GAUAAGCGUUAGUUACGGAUUACAGCGUACCAUCUGGGAAUUUCCUUCGUUGCCAAAUAAAUACACAAUCUGGAGUUGAUUUUGGCAAAACCUGAGUACUGCUCACUCCAGCGUCCUGCUUUGAUUUCCACAACUAAGGAAAAUGCCGGCACGCAGGCGUCACAGCCUCCUCGCCGCCGCCGAGCCCGUCUGCAUCCCCCUCAACGAAUCUUUCCCGGAAUCUCCCCUUAAUGAAUUAUUACCCUCCAGCCAGCCGCCCACCUCCGGACUGACCCGGACGCUGGUCCUGGCGGUGGUUACGGUGACCUUUGGGACGUGGUUCCCCAUGGGAUACAGCAUCGCCGCCAUGAACGGCCCGCAGUCCGUCAUCCUCGACUGGAUCCGCCAGGUCAAGUGCCAGCGCGUCGGGAGUCUGGACGUUGCUGAAAGGAACACCUCCCGGUGGUGCGGCCCUCCGGCGGAGGAUCUUUUACAGGACCUCCCGGAACUACGAUUGAUCUGGGCGGUGCUAUCUUCGGCGUUUAUGGUUGGUGGUUUCGUCUCAACAUUCCUCGCUGCCGGUUUAAUCGACCGCUUUGGAUUAAAAAGAACCAUCCUGAUUAACAGCGGAGUGUUUAUUUUGGGAAACUCCUUGAUUUGUUUGGCGGAGGUGUCGUCCGCGUACGAACUGAUCACGGCGGGGCGGUUCAUCAUCGGGUUCUCCCUGGGGAUCAGCUGUGUGGCGCCGCCCAUCUACUGCUCGGAAAUCACACCAACGAACCUCCGGGGGACGUUCGGGGUUCUUCCCGUAGUGAUGAACGUCGCCGGGAUGAUCGUCGCAACUGUCCUGGGUCUCCCGGUGCUCCUGGGGAACGCUGGCGGGUGGACGGCUUUGAACGCUUUCUGUUUCAUCUCCCAGAUUGCCCUUUUACUGGUCUUCCCGAUGUGUCCGGAGAGUCCGCGGAGGUUAUAUUUGACCGUGGACGACCGGGAAGCGGCACACCACGUCUUGCACUGGCUGCGCCGGAGCUCCGUGCUGGUGCGCAGCGACAUGAAGGAGUUGGAAGCGGAGCGGGAGACCCACCUCCCGGAACCCGUUGGACUGGUCCAGCUGCUCCGGGAACCAUACUUCCGGUCGGUGCUAAAGAUCUGCGUGACGGCGAUGCUGGCGCAGCAGUUGUCCGGGUUCAGCUGCGUCUCCUUCUACUCCACCGCCAUCUUCACCGACGUCGGGCUGACGCGGCGGACCUCCAUCUACGCGUCCAUCGGGGUGUGGUGCGUCUUCCUGACCUUUGCGCUACUCUGUAUGGCGCUGAUUGACCGCGUCGGGCGGCGGAUCCUCCUGUUGGUCAGCCACACCGGGAUGAUCGUUGCCCUGAUGGGCUUCGUCCUGUCGCUGAACCUCCCGCACACGGGGGACUACGCCUGGGUGCGGUUUCUCCCGGCGGCGUGUAUCCCGCUGUACAUCGCCUUCUACGCGCUGGGCUCCAACUCCAUCCCGUACAUCUUGCCGGCGGAGAUGUUCGGCCAGGAGGCGCGCGCGGCCGCCAUGACCUGGGUGUCGGCGGUGUCGUGGGGCGCCGCCGUGGUGACGACGCUCAUGUUCCCGCUGGUCAACGCGCUGACCAAGGAGUACACCUUCCUCUUCUUCGUCGCCUCCGUGGUGGCGGCCACCUGGUAUUUGCUGUUUAAGCUGCCGGAGACGAAAGGCCGGACCAUCGAGGAAGUGCAGGGCGUCCUGCGCCGACAGCUGGCUGGUCACACCACUUCCGGUUGAUCUCAGUUAAACGCCUGGUUUUAUGCUUGGGUCGUCGAUUCAGACAAACUGUUAUAAUUGUGGUGAUUUGUUUCCCAGAACGGCUUCAUAUUUGUAUUAAUAAAGACAGAUUUAUUAUGUUUUUUGUGUUUUUUGACCUUGCAUCUCAGCUGUCGGUUGGUCUGGCUGAUUGCUAAUCGAAUUAUCAGUC